UGGAGUUCGGACGGACGAAAAGUCGUCUGCUGUGAGCCAGACCACGUUGUGUUUUAACUUUUAAGUUGUAAAGACCGAAGACCAGCAGUUUGAAGUGUCAGCACCUCAGCGGGUUACUUCAAUUUAUUUUAAAGAUGCCCGAGCUUCAAGGGUUUGGAGAUGGAGGAUAUCAAUCAGAAGCUGAGCUUGAUACACGAGCUCUGGUUCAAGAACAGAAUCGUAAAAAGAAAAAAUCAGGUGGUUUCCAGUCGAUGGGCCUUAGUUACAAUGUUUACCAUGGAAUAAUGAAAUGUGGUUAUAAAAUACCAACACCAAUUCAAAGAAAAUGUAUUCCUUUAAUCAUGGAAAAAAAAGAUGUCGUAGCCAUGGCCAGAACUGGCAGUGGCAAAACUGCCUGCUUCUUAAUUCCUUUAUUUGAAAGGCUCCAAGCACACUCCACCAUAGGAACUCGUGCACUUAUUAUGUCCCCUACAAGAGAAUUGGCAUUACAGACUUUGAAAUUUACUCGAGAGCUUGGUAAAUUCACAGGGCUGAAAGCAGCUACCAUUCUUGGAGGAGAUUCUAUGGAAGCUCAAUUUGCGGCAAUGCAUGAAAUACCGGAUAUCAUUAUUGCAACACCUGGACGAUUUGCCCAUCUUUGUGUUGAAAUGGAAUUAAAACUCAAGGAAAUUGAAUAUGUGGUUUUUGAUGAAGCCGACAGACUUUUUGAGAUGGGAUUUGGGGAGCAGCUGUUGGAGAUUUUGAAUCGACUACCGGAAUUGAGGCAGACUCUCCUUUUCUCCGCUACUCUUCCAAAACUGCUCGUUGAUUUCACCAAAGCUGGACUAACUGACCCUGUCCUUGUCAGAUUGGAUGUUGAUUCAAAAUUACCUGAAGCACUGAAAUUGGGUUUUGUAUUUUGUCCGUGUGAAUCGAAAGCGUCUGUUCUUCUUCAUUUACUACGCAAUGCAGUCAAGUCGGGGGAACUGACACUUGUGUUUGCAGCGACCAUGCAUCACGUGGAAUAUUUGCACUUGUUGCUUGACAAAGCUGGCAUCUCUAAUACCUACAUUUACUCCAGUUUGGAUCAAGCUGCGCGUAAAAUCCAUGCAGCCAAAUUUCAAACAAAGCAAACACAUGUUAUGAUCACUACGGACGUUGCGGCCCGUGGUAUUGAUAUCCCACUUCUGGAUAACGUUAUCAAUUAUAAUUUUCCGGCUAAAGCAAAACUUUUUGUUCACAGAGUCGGACGUGUUGCCCGUGCUGGACGUUCUGGUUGCGCUUAUUCCCUGGUUGCUCUUGAUGAACUACCAGCUUUAGUAGAUCUGCAUCUCUUCCUGGGACGGCCGGUUAAACAGAUUCCGCAAGAUGGACUCGGGAAGGAUGUCGACUGGGACGGCUUUCUUGGUCGCGUCGGCCAGACUGUAAUAGACGAUGGAAGUAGUGCCAUGACGCUCUGGCAUCAAGAAUCAGUAGAACUUCAAAACAUGAUCAAGGUCUACACUUCAGCUUACAAGCAAUACAAACGUUCAUGCCCACCUCCUUCGCACGAAUCAGUCAAGAAGGCGAAAGAAAUCAAGCUUGAACUUUUAGGCCCUCAUCCUGUGUUUGUUGCAGAAAGUUCUGAACUCGAAGGAGAUCGGCUAAACUUGUUGGAACAGAUGAAGAGCUAUCGUCCUCAUCACGUGAGGCUCUUGACCUUGAAAGUUUGUUCAAUAGAUGUUGCUAAUUACCUGUUUUUUUUUCGAUUGCAGACUAUAUUUGAAAUUGGUGUAACAGCCAAUUCCGUGAAAGCUAAAGUUAUGUUAGAAAAACGCAUCAAACAUCAAAGGAUCAUCAUUAAGCAGAAAAAUGCGAAUAUGAAACAGAGCGAAACGAAACCAUCAGACGAGCCUGAAAGUAGUGGUGUUCCACAGGAAGAAGCCAACGAAGAAUUGGUUCAAGAGGCUUUCAGUACCGUUAUAGCCCAAAAGAAACGGACCAGCCGAAAACCAUUUGAUCCCAACCAAUCCAAGAAGAGACGACUUCAGUCUCAAACAACCAAGGACGAAGAAAACUACAUUAAUUACAAUUCGAAGGAUCACCAGACGGAAUCGGGAUUGGCCCUGGGUUGUGAUUUUGGACGAGCUGCCGCUGAUGCGGUUCUGGAUUUGACAGGUGAUGAUGACCAGGAACUUCGUAAACAGAGGAGCCUCUUAAAGUGGGAUCGAAAGAAGAAGAAGUUUAUCGGAGAGGACGAUACCAAGAAGCGUAAGAUCCGUACCGAAUCUGGUGUUUGGAUUCCAGCUACAUACAAAACUGACCGUUACGAGAGAUGGAAGGAAAAAUCUAAGGUUGACCAAAACGACCCAGCUAGUGAGGAUUCGGGUGAUGAUGAAAAGGUUGGCAAUCGUAAUGCACCUGCUCGGUUCGAUGGAGGUUAUCAGAGACGAGGUAUCCCUAUGGGGAUGAAUCUUGAAGGACGAUUGGGAAGCUUACCAAAGAAUCAUCCAGCCAUGGUCAAGGCUUGGGCUGAGGUUAAGCAAGGUGGACAGCGUGUGCGUGACGAGGUGAAGCGCCCUGAGCAAAUCGAGAAGGCUCGCAAAUUGAAGGAGAAGGCUCGACUGCGUGGAAAUAAGGAAAUUCGGAUAAAACUUCAAAUGAAGCAAAAGAAGCCAACUUUGAAGACCAAACAAAAGAAGGGUGGUAAAAGGCGAAGGUAAACAACUGAAAAUCGGUGCGUGCUACGUGAUCUGUAAGGCGCUUCUUUCCUUUUUUGUCAAUCGCAAUUUCUAUUGUGACGAGAAUUAAGGAAAACUGCCAAUACAAAGUAUGUUGUCGCGUA